AUGGUACCAGAAUAUGAAAGACACCAAAUGACUGGAAUCAAAGGAUGGGCAGAACCAUUACAGAUAAAAAUCAUCAUUCUCCAGAAUGAACAACUUAUCGAAGAGCUGAAAAAUAUUAUACCUAAAAUUGGAAGCACUGAAGUAAAAAAUCUGAGAGUUGGACGUGAUAUUAUUGAACAUCGAGUUGACAUAUACGAUUAUGGAAGUCCAUGGGUUGAGCUUCAUGUUGACGUGAUGUCCUCUUGCUGGAAACGAAUAUUUCUCAAAAUGGUAUCAAUGUUUCAAACUCUAACUAGUAAAUUUUCUGGAAAGCACACACCUAUACUUCAGACGACAGAGCGUGGUUUUUUCAUGGAUGAUUGCUUAUCAGCUGAACUCCAAGUCGAUCUACAUUCUAUCCAUCAUGGGAAUUUGCUCGAUCUUGGCACAUUUUGUUCCCAUUUCACUCGCGAAAUACCGAAAGGAAUUAAUGGAACGAAAUUAUCGGAAUACAUCAAAGUGUUGUCAAAUUUAUCGUCACGUAAUGUGCGUAGUGCUAUGUACGUUGAUUUUGAACAUGAUCGAAACAUAUUCACUGUACGAUUCGCUGUUUUAGAUGGGUAUAAAGCGCGAGAAAUGAAUAACACGAGUAAUGAAAAGCAAAAACUCGUGGAUUCAAUGUUUGCUCUAAAGGUCAAUUACACUUCUUUGCGUCGCAUUUUAGUUGACACAAACCAAGAAAGUUGUGCAGCACGAAUUUAUUUCCAUCUAAAUUACCCUCCUGAAAUACGUAGAUUUCGUCAAAAAAUGAAUGUGACACAAGGACCAAAAGUGGAAUUAAUUAGUGACCGAUUCAGGUAUUAUCCCGAAGCAGAUUAUCAGAAAGAUAUCGGUUUAGCAAUUACAGCUAUUAACGAUAGUCCAAUCUUUUGCUUGCAAUUUACGGAAAUGAUGGAUGAUAAUCUAUUGUAUAGGCUGUUGAGUAGAUUGCAUGCCCGUGUCAAUCUUCCGAUCGAAUUCGCCAAUGUUCAGUUUUCAUAUUUUCCCGUGGAUAAUUACGUGCCAUUACCAGUUCGAAUGAUUGGUUGCGAUUAUCGAAAAUGUGCUACUGAAGAGGGAAUUUCACAAAACGAUCAACCAUAUCAACCAGUGGAACCGAAAGUUGAUAAGGCUUGGUCUAAAAAAUUAAAAUCACUUUCAUUUGCAUUGGAAUAUCUGAUUGCAGCAUUACUAUCACGUGGCGCUGUUGUAAAAGAUCAGUUACUGCAAACGGUAGAAUCAAGAAAUGAUUUUCUAACGCUGGUAGUAAAAAGUUACGAACAGGAUGAAGCUAUGACACUAGAAGUGUUGGAGCGUUUAAUCAAUAUGAUUGAUGAAAUGAAGAAUAUACCACCAUUGAUAAGUGCAUUUGAGCGUAUACAGAAUAGUAUUUUUGUAAAGAAAGAAUUACUUGCUGAAAUUCACGGAAGAAGUGCUGAUGAAGGAUUUCAACGUGUUCGAAAGGCUGUAAUAACACCAACUCGAAUGUUGCUUGUGAUUCCGGAAUUAUUGAUGGGAAAUCGUGUAUUGCGUGAAUUUGAUGAAAGUGGUGAUGAUGCUUUACGAAUUCAAUUUCGUGAUGAUGAUGGUGCACAUCUCAGACGUAGCCGUGCCGGAUUAUAUAUCAUUGAGACUACAGUUCAUAAUUCUCUACUACGUGGCGUUUAUAUAUCAGAUCGUCAUUUUGUUUACUUGGCUUCAUCAAACUCCCAAAUGCGUGAUAAUGGAUGCUAUUUUUUUAAUGAUGGUGAUGAUGGUAAAGUGAAAAUGAUUCGUGAUAAGCUUGGCAAAUUUGAUCAUACUAAUAUUCCAAAAUUAAUGUCUCGAAUGGGACAGUGUUUCACGCAGUCUAAGGAAACUGACGUUACUUUGAAACGUAGAAAAUACAAUAAAACACACGAUGUAAUAGGUGGAAAAGAUUCUUGUGGUGAACCGUUUAUUUUCUCAGAUGGAGUUGGAAAGUUAUCAGAAGAUUUUGCUGAACAAAUUGCUAACGAUUUAGGUUUGGCAAAAUGUGUCCCCAGUUGUUUCCAAUUCAGGUAUCGAGGCUUAAAAGGUGUUCUUUCUGUUGAUCCAGCAUUGCGGCAACGCCGAUUAUGGGCUGAACGCAAUGGUUUAGAGGAUAAACAUGCAAAAACUGCGAAAGUGAACGAUUUGGAUAUAAUAUUUAGGCCAUCUCAGGACAAAUUUCAUGCACCAAGAAAGGAAAUAAUAGAAAUUGUGAAAUAUUCAUCUCCAACAUCUGUUUAUUUGAACAGACCAUUGAUCAAUAUUCUUGACCAAGUAAGCGAUAUGCAAGGAUUUGAUGUACAUAGUCGUAUAGUCAAUCGCAUACAUGGUUUACUUGAUCGUCAGCUAUUGAAACUAUCUGAUGCGCUGAUGAGUGAAGACAGAUGUCGUGAAAGAUUAGCAGAAUUUCCGAGACGGAUUAAUGUACAAUAUUUAUCAGUAGCACGAGGUUUUACCCUUACACAGGAACCAUUUUUUCAUGGCUUGUUAAUUGCAAGUGUUCGAUUCACAUUACAAAAGCAGUUAUCAAAGGAACAUAUUCAAAUACCUGCUAAUCUUGGUCGAACUAUGUUUGGUAUUCUGGAUGAGACCGGAUUACUUCAGUAUGGUCAAGUAUUUGUGCAAUUUACCAAUGACGUUUUUUUGAAGACACCACCAAAAGCUGCAGCAAAAACAAUAGUAAAAGGUUUCGUGUUAAUCACAAAAAAUCCGUCAAUAGUUGCUGGCGAUGUAAGGAUCUUCGAAGCUGUCGAUUUACCCGAAUUACGGCAUUUGGUUGAUGUGGUUGUUUUCCCGCAGCAUGGGCCUCGACCACAUACGGAUGAAAUGGCUGGAUCUGAUUUGGAUGGUGAUGAAUAUAGCGUUAUAUGGGAUGAUCAGAUGUUAUUUAGUCAUAAUGAAGAACCAAUGGAUUUCAGUAAGCUUAUUCGACCUCCUGAUAUCCUAAAGGAAGAUGAAGUUGUUCGUGAAAUGCGUCGCUUUUAUGUUGAAUAUGUCAUGCAAGAUUCAAUUGGUAUUAUUGCGAAUGCUUUCCUCGUAAAUUCUGAUACUUUUGGAAUUGCCAGUGAUGUUUGUAUGAGUAUAGCAGAAAAGCAUUCUCAAUCUGUGGAUUUUCCAAAAACAGGACAGCCUCCAAAACCACUUGUCAAAGAAUGGAGCAAUGGACCGGAUGGAAAAAUGAUACCACCUGAGCGUCCAGAACGAUGGCCUGAUUUUAUGUGCAAAACUCAUGAGCCAUCAUAUGUUUCAACACGCCUUGUUGGACAAUUAUUCAGGCGUAUCCGACUAAUUGAUGAUGUUCUUACAAUAACUCGUGCUCAUGAAACACAAUCAAAAGUAACGGUGGAUCCUUUAUUAGAAUACAGUGGCUGGGAAAGUUAUGAAAAUGAUGCAACGCUAAAUUUGAUUGCAUAUUCUGCUCAUAUUAGAGCUCUUAUGGAUAAUUAUGGAAUAGAAGAUGAGUGCCAACUGUAUUCUGGUUGUUUUUGCAAAGUUCGUAAUCGAAUCAGCGAUCGGGAUGGCGAUGAUAUGUCUCAAUUUAAUACCAGUUUUAUUAUUGAGCGAAAACUUACAAAUAUAUUUAUGUGUUUUCGCUGUAAUUUCUUUGCUGAGUUUGGUGAUUUCAUGUCCUGUACUCAGCAAGAUGAUGAUUUACGUAACAAAGAUGUAAUCGAACGACGAUACUGUAAAUAUCCAACUGUAGAGAUGAAAAAGAAAGCAUCCGCUUAUUACAUAGUAUGCUAUCGUAAGGUUAUGAAAGAGAAAGGUGAAAGAUUAUUGUCAUUUCCGUGGAUUGUAUGGGAUAUACUUGCUGACAUAAAAAAAGAAAACGCUGUGCUAACAUCACAAAAUAUAUCAACUAUUGAUCCUCUUUGUGAACUUGCAUCAAAUGUCAUAACGUGUUUUUGUGACGAUAAUAAGGAAGAUUUUGAUCAAACUAUAGGGUGUUUAACGGAUGGUGCAUCUGGUUUACAUGCCAUUAAGCGAUAUUGCAGGAAAUACAAAGGACUGGACAAAUUAUUAUAUGUGUUAUGCAAGUGGGGUGAGCAACAGCGAUUAUUUGAAGGACGACUGAAACGGGAGCAUUUAUGUUUAUUGUUAAUACAAUAUGGUUUAGGAUAUAUAAGUAGUGAUAAUAUGCGAGACUAUGUUUUUCUUGAACAGACCGAUGAAAUUCCUUCAGAAAAUUCAAAUGAAUGCCGUGAUUUGAACAGUCUAAUUGGUGGUAUAGGAAAAUGUUUCUUGCAAUUUCUUCAAUAUUUAAGUUCACGAUCAUUCGAGAAAGCGAAAAUUUUCAAUUUUAUGAAACCAAAUCUUGGAUAUCAUUCAAUAUUGAUGCGUGGACAGUGGUUAGAUUUGCAUAAGGCUGCUAUUAUAACUUUCUAUCAAAUAGUGCUUACUAAUCGUUUUAAUGAAAUGUCAAUAUUCAAAAGGGAGCAGCUUCAUAGUUGUAUCGAAGCUGAACCUUUCACUAUCGAAUUACCGGAAGAUCUGUGCUCUUUUGAUGAAAAUUUGAGAGAAAAAAUGAUGGAAUAUUCUAACGUGCGUUAUUUAUAUUUGAGAAGGAUUCCGGAUAGAAAAAACAGAGUUGUGGUAUCAGCAUUUGGGACAUUGGAAUCAUUGUAUCGAUUACGUGAUAUACUUUCUGUGAAACCAAUCUCAACUGUACAAGCUGAUAGUAAAAAACGUAGUGAUAUGAUGCUUCGAUUGGUUUAUGAGCGGAUUCAAGAAUUACCGUAA